AUGGAACGCAGCGCGACCGACGCGCCCGCUGGGGCGGCAGCGGACGCGCUGCCCGUCGCGGACUUCCAGCGCUACCUCCUGGCCACCUGCACGCCGCUGUUUGGCCACGACUCGGCGGCCCCCUCCGUGGAUGCUUUCAAGACCGACCUCCACCGGGCGGACACGACCGCCGCGCUCGAGCAAUUCGUCGCGGACUCGGCCACGCGUGUGCUGCAAGUGCACUGUCUGCCAGUGGAUCGUCGAGAGGAAGACGUUGCUGGCGACGGUCCGACGUGCUGCGUGCGCGUGAACGUGGGCAUCGAGUACGUGUCCGGCAAGCCGAGCGGCCACGACGUGGUGUGUUUCAUCAAGCGCUUUAGUGCCCCGCUGGCCAAGGACCAGACACUGAGUCACCAGCUGCAAGUGAUGACGCUGGGACUGGGCGCUACGGCGAGCGCAGACAAGCGGGACGCGGACACACUUACGAGCAGCAGUGGGGAGACCACCGAGGAAGACACGAGCGACGGGGGCAAUCUCCUCAGUGUCGUGUACAAUUACGUGCACCAGUCGUUCACGCCACUGAUGAAUGAGUACUCCAAGGUGCAUCAGCCGCAGAGUGAGACGAGCAACUCGAGUGAAGGCACGAGAGGCUUGCCAGCCAUUCGCCGGCGGAUGAAGGAGCUCGAGUUGGCGUUGCUCCAGUAUCAGCAGAACAUUGAGAUCCCUGAAGUGAACUUGGUCUUCCAUCCUGUGAUCCAACAAGCUGCAGACUUGGUCCGCGAGAAAGGCGUGGCGAUUGAUGUGGAAGCACUGGGUCUGGAGGAGAAAGUGGACGACGUUGUUUUUGUGAAUACACUUCAGGGAGGGGUCAGUAAGUGGAUCAAGGAAAUUCAAAAAGUCACGCGUCUGAUCCAUGAACCGCUCCCUGGCACAGCAGUGCAGGAGAUAAACUUUUGGUGCGAUUUGAAUCGCGCGCUGCUUGCCAUUCAGGAGAAGCUCGAAUCACCGGAAGUUGAGAUUACACUUGCGAUGCUGCAACGUGCGAAGCGGUAUUUGGCCACCGUAACGUUUAGCGCGGACCAUGGUCUUGGCACGGCCAUUCAGGUAGUGUCCAGCAUAAUGACCCUGAUGAAAGAUUUCCCGAUGAACUCCAUUUUGUCAGCCACGGAUAUUAAUCAGCUCAACCAAGGGAUCACGCUUGUCUUUACGCACCUGAAAAAGAUUCGCGUGGCUGACUCGUACGAUCUAGUGCGGCUACUGCAUUUCAUGGAGGUUGUGUCCAGCGACCUGAGUCAGCAGGUUGUCAGUUUGUUGCGUGUAUAUAGCCUGAUUCAAGUCCCCUUCAAGCAGUUCGUGCAAUUGCUCUCUUCCUGCAAGGAGCUUUUCUCGAACUGGCACCGCCAGAUCGCAACACUCUACGAUCUUACGAAGGAGCUUUCGAAGCGACGAGGCGGGUCAAUCAGUAGUGCAGGAAAGCUUCCGUUGCUCGCAGAUUUGCAGAUGGAGCACGUUGCAAUCGAAGAGAGGUUGCUGGAAUUGUAUGAGUUCCGUGAGCAGCACGAAAAACUCCGUGAUGUGAUCCAGAGGGUGCUAGGUGCUUCGAAUAAUGUCGGGCUUGAUGAUCCACGUACAAGUGAUGGUACGAACGACGCACUCACUGAAGUCAAUUUGGCCUACUCCCAGUUGAAUUCACUGGACCCUCUCGAUAUUUCUGGAGAAGGCGUGACCGCAUGGAAGAACUUGCGCAAGGCGUACGAUUUGUGCAUCGAUCGUGUUGAAGGCCGUAUCAUCAGCAGCCUCACUAGCCGACUGAGUGCUACGUCCAACGCCGAUGAGAUGUUUCGCGUGUUCUCCAAGUACAACGCACUAUUUUUCCGUCCCCGCAUUCGUAGCGCAGUCCAACAAUUCCAGAUGCAGCUGAUUGAAAAUGUCAAGGAAGAUGUAAGCAACCUGCAAGCUAAAUUUCGUGCUCAUUAUGCUUACUCAGAGGCGUCGCGUACGAGCAAGCUGCGUGAUAUUCCUCCUAUUGCUGGUGCAGUAAUGUGGGCGAAGCAAAUAGAGCGCAAGCUCAAAAUGCUGCUAUCGCGCGUUGAGAGUGUCCUAGGCAUAGGCUGGGAGCAACAUGUGGAAGGCAAGGCGCUGAAAUCGGCGGCUGAGGCGUUUAUUGCGAAACUUAAUCCGCAGCUCAUCUUCGAUCAGUGGGUAAGUGAUUUGGCGUCGAUGCCGAUCUUCGACACCAAGAAUAUUGUCCUGAACAUUGUCACCGAAGAAACACCACAAGGCGAAAGGAAGAAAUUGGUGGUCGCAUUCAACCAGCAGAUCGUGACUUUGUUUAAGGAAGUGCGUAAUCUGGAGUGGCUGGGCUACCGGGUGCCUUUCACGCUUAAAAUGAUUGCUGAAGAUGCGAAGUCGAAGUACCCGUACGCAACGUCCCUGGAUGCCAGUCUCAAGACUUAUACGCGCUCGUGUCGAAGCAUCCAGCCAAUAUUUGCAGCCUUAACGGCUGCAUACGUUCGUGACGUCCGUGCUAGCAUUGGAAAAACAUUUUCGAAGGGCAACGAAAUGCGAUGGCACGCAGACGGUCUGGGCGAAUACGUCACUGAUCUUGCGACAAAAGUGGAGUGCUUACACGACAAAGUGGACAACUUACUGCAGAAGUCUGCUGACAUCGACACCCUUCUGGACAGUAUCCGAACGAACGCGGACUUUCACGCUGGCGAAGCUCAAGCAGUUUUGGUGAAAGUGCAAGUGCAUGUCGAUGAACUUAGCCUGGCUGGGUACGCGAAUUUGCAUGUGUUUGUCAAGAACAUAAACGAUUUGAUCAGCGACAUUCUAGGCAAGAAGCUCAGUACUCUCCUGCGGCGUUGGAUCGCUUGCUUCGACCCCGAGCACGAUGAAAAGUCGUUCCAAGCGGCUCUUGAUGAGGCCGGGCUUACUUUAUCGACUCAUCAGAUCCUGCUCAAAAACCAAGUGCUGUAUUUGGACCCUUCAGUUGGCGAUGCACGUCGAGAUUGGUUGGCGCGGCUUCAAAGCGUGCUGAACUCUGUGUGCGACUUGCCGAAGAUUCAAACGUCAUCGUAUGAUAAUUUGUACGGAAAGUCGGCGGUAUCAGCUCUAUUGCCGCCACCGCGUAAAAGCGCCAGUUCUAGGCGACGAGAGGCUGUGUUCAAGGAAGCGCUGAAGCAAGUGCCCUUGGAUCUGAUCAUAAAAGCAUACAGUGUGCUGGACGACACGGUGGGCGAUGUGGAAAAAUACGCAUCGACUUGGCUUCGGUACCAAGCAUUGUGGGACAUGGACGCCCAGACUGCCUUGAGUAGUGUCGGAGAAGACCUCCAGAAAUGGCAGCAAAUCUUGGUCGAGAUCAAGAACGAGCGCAAUGCAUUUGAUGCAGUCUUUCACACGAAACGGUUUGGCCCUGUGGUGGUUAACUACCAACAAGUGCAAGCCCAGGUGAAUGUGAAGUAUGACGCUUGGCACAACGAGUUCCUAGCGCACUUUGGUGAUCUUCUUCGUGACCAGAUCAAUUCGUUCUAUUCGACGAUUUCGUCAAAGCGGACGCUUCUGGAGCAGCAUGCGCUUGAAGCUGCUACUGCACAAGUCGUUGCUGCAAUCACACUGAUCCAAGAAAUGCGCCAGAUGCGUUGUCAGUGGGAAGAAGCUGUGGAGUCGUUCGAACAGGGGGAACGCUUGCUGAAGAAGCAGCGAUACAGAUUCUCUGUGGACUGGCCGUCGCUCGCAAAUGUGGAAGGAGAAUGGGAAGCAUUUAUUCAGUUGCUAGAGCGUAAGACCCUCGCGAUGGAAAGUCAGCUUCCGCAACUGCAGGCAAAGAUCAUGGAAGAGAAGAGCGCGCUGGACAGCAAAAUUGCCAAGGCAGUAGCUGAAUGGGACAAUGCGAAGCCAUUGCAAGGUGACCAAUCACCUCGGGUAGCCACAGAAGUACUGAUUGUCUUUGACACUCGGUUCAAAUUACUGCGCGCUGAACAAGACAAGACAAGUGCUGCGUUGGACGCGUUGAAUAUAUCGUACGUCUCUGGUAUGGGGGGAGGUUCUUCAAUGGACGAUAUUCGUAGUUCGCAUAGUGACCUCAUAAGAGCCAUGGAUGAGCUAUGUGGGCUGGAUGAGGUCUGGAAGAGCAUAUCUAAGGUCUGGACUCAUGUUGACGAGCUGCAAGAUACGCUAUGGUCUGCGGUCCACCCCCGCAAGGUCCGGAAACAACUGGACGAGUUGAUUGAUGAAAUGCGCCGUUUUCCUUCUCGGGUGCAGCAAUACGAAGCCUUCGAGCAUUAUGUAUCGAUCAUUCAGUUUCGCAAGUCAAUGAACUCCCUGCUUUCGGAAUUGAAGUCAGAUGCUGUUCGCGAUCGGCAUUGGAAACAGAUUCUGCAGCUACUCAAUAUUUCAUCGCCGUUCACAGAGUUGACCUUGCGCAGUUUCUGGGAGUCGAAGGUGUCUGUUAAUGAUGAGCGGCUAAAGUCAAUCAUUCGCACGGCCCAAGGCGAAAUGGCACUCGAUGAAUUUUUGCGCCAGGUGUCAGACCACUGGACCAACUAUCAGCUGGACCUGGUGAACUAUCAAAACCGCUGCCGUGUCAUCCGUGGUUGGGACGAGGUUUUUGCAAAGCUUGACGAGCACCUCAAUAGUCUAAGCAGCAUGAAGCAGUCGCCGUACUAUCGCGUGUUUGCUGAGCUCGCUACUAGCUGGGAAGACAAACUCACCAAGAUUCGUGGUAUCCUAGACUUCUGGAUUGAUGUCCAAAGACGCUGGGUGUAUCUCGAAGGCAUCUUUUUCGGUUCGGCAGACAUCAAGCAGCAGUUGCCGAAGGAGUUCGCUCGUUUUCAAAGCGUUGAUAAUGAGUUCACCUCGACAAUGAAGCGCGUUGCGCACAAGCCAAUGAUUCUGGAUGUCGCCAACAUUCCAAACUUGUACCAUUCGCUCGAACGUCAGCAAGACAUGAUGGGCAACGUUCAACGCGCUCUCGGUGACUACCUAGAGCGCCAACGAGCUGCCUUUCCUCGCUUCUACUUUGUAGGCGACGAAGACCUGCUGGAGAUGAUUGGCAAUAGCAAGGAACCCGUGCAGAUUCAACGUCAUCUUUCCAAGAUGUUCGCAGGAAUAUCCUCGUUGGAAAUGGACAGCAGUGCGAGCAUUAUCAUGGGAAUGGCGUCGCGAGAAGGAGAGGUCGUACGAUUCAAGGAACCUAUUAGGACAACCGAUGACACUCGUAUCAAUGUUUGGCUUGGCAAGGUGGAGGGACAAAUGCGCGUAACUCUAUCGCAUCUUUUGGAGCAAGCUGUGUAUUCCUACCCGGCGGACGACAGUUUCGAUUCGUACUUGGGAUGGGUGUCAAAAUAUCCAGCCCAAGUGGUCAUUCUUGCCACCCAGGUGCAAUGGUCGAACGAAGUUGAAAGCACUUUGAAGGCUGGUGGGAGUAGCCUAUUGGCGCUUCUUGAACAGCUAGAUAAGUUGCUACUCGUGUUGAGCGAGCGUGUUCUGACGGAUGUAAAAAACGAUGUACGAAAAAAGUACGAACAGCUGAUUACUGAACUGGUGCACCAGAAGAGCGUAACCAAACGCUUGAGUCAGGUCGGGGUCACAAGCGUUGACGACUUUCGUUGGCUUUACCACAUGCGCCAUUACUUCGAAGCGAAGGAAUCGGAUCCGCUCAAGAAGCUUACAAUCCAGAUAUCCAAUGCAAGCUUCGCUUACGGAUUCGAGUACUUCGGUGUUGGUGAGCGGCUCGUGCAAACCCCUCUUACCGAACGUUGUUACCUAACCCUAACUCAGGCUUUGGACUUUGGAAUGGGUGGCAAUCCAUUCGGCCCUGCGGGUACGGGCAAAACAGAGUCAGUCAAAGCCUUGGGGUCCUACCUCGGUCGUUUUGUCCUGGUCUUCAACUGUGAUGAGCACUUUGAUUUCCAAGCGAUGGGACGGAUAUUUGUAGGCCUGUGUCAAGUUGGCGCUUGGGGCUGCUUCGAUGAGUUCAAUCGCCUGGAAGAGCGUGUGCUUUCUGCUGUGUCCCAGCAAAUCUUGGCGAUCCAAAGUGGAGUGUCGUCACUGAAGGUCAAGAAGGGGCCUAAUAGCUCACAUAUAGCAACGGGUGGCAGCAGUUCUAGCACUUCGAUCGAACUGCUCGGUAAGAGCGUUAAGCUGAAUCCUGAUGUGGGUAUUUUUGUGACGAUGAACCCAGGCUACGCUGGAAGAUCGAAUUUGCCCGAUAACCUAAAACAAUUGUUCCGAAGCAUUGCAAUGGUAGCUCCCGACCGCGAGCUGAUCGCACAGGUGAUGCUGUUUUCCCAGGGUAUCACUACUGCUGAGCAAAUCUCUGCAAAAGUCGUCCUUCUGUUCAACCUCUGCGAAGACCAGCUGUCAAAACAGCCUCACUAUGAUUUCGGGCUCCGCGCGCUCAAGAGUGUACUUGUGAGUGCUGGUCAACUCAAGCGAAAGAUCGCUCAAACACAAGAUGGUUCAGGGCUUACGAGCAUUGAGGAGGUUGAAACAAAGGCACUAAUUGGUUCUAUCACGGAUACAAUUUUGCCGAAGUUGGUUUCAAAUGACGUCUCUGUGUUCGAGACGCUGUUGAAGGGGGUGUUCCCAGGCACCGAGGCUCACCGUAGCGAAGAAAACAAUCUUCGCGCAAAGAUUGCGGAGCUGGCAAAGAAGAACAAUUACGUUGUAACCGAGCGAUGGGUGGAAAAGGCUUUGCAGCUUUACCAGGUCAUGCAACUCCGCCAUGGCGUGAUGCUUGUUGGCGCGUCUGGAACAGGUAAAUCGAGUGCGUGGCGUGUGUUGAUGGGCGCUAUGGGACUUGUUGAUGGUGUCAAGGGCGAAGCAUACGUCAUUGACCCGAAGGCUCUUUCGAAAGAACAUCUGUAUGGUGUUCUCGACAACACGACGCUUGAAUGGACGGACGGUGUGUUCACGCAUUUGCUGCGUCAAGUGCUCAACAGCGUGAGAGGUGAAAGUGAAAAGCGCCACUGGAUCAUUUUUGAUGGUGACGUAGACCCUGAAUGGGCUGAAAACUUAAACUCUGUGCUGGACGAUAACCGACUGCUAACACUUCCGUCCGGGGAACGUCUUGAGAUUCCUCCAAAUGUGUGGAUUAUGAUGGAAACCGAGACACUGCGCUACGCGACACUCGCAACUGUCAGUCGCUGUGGCAUGGUAUGGUUCUCACACGAUACGGUCAAGACGCGCCACAUCGUUGAGCACUAUCUGCUAAAAAUGCAGGAUGACGCAUCUGUCGUUUCGUCAUUCUCUGUUCAGCCGAGCGAGAGUGAACUAACAAAGAAGACCGCUCAUACGUAUGUUUCUCUUCUCCGAGAUCUGAUCGACCGCGGGGAUGGCAUGCCCUCUCUGAUUGAGAUCUGUUUAGAUCAGGCAAUGAGCCAAACACACAUCAUGGAAGUCACGGCGUUGCGCCUCCUGAUGUCAAUGUUUACGUUACUUGGGAGAGGUUUGUCUCGCAUCAAUGAGUACAAUGAAGGUCACAUCGAUUUCCCGAUGACGAAUGACCAGAUGUCCCGGUUUGUGCCGAAAUGGUUUGUAUUCUCGAUUCUGUGGGGUUUCGGAGGCUCGAUGGACUCUGCGAAUCGCAUCGACCUAUGUGAUUUCGUGGCGCAGACGCUUGAGAAUCGCCUGACGUUUCCCAUGCCCGGGUCGUCAACUCCAGACAGCAGUCUGCUUGAAUACGAAGUUGAUAUCAGUGACGGUGAGUGGCGUCAGUGGUUACGAUCGAUUCCUCAGCUGGAUCUUGAAAGUCACCAGGUGUUGGCGACAGAUGUUGUAGUCACCACGGUGGAUACCAUCCGUCAUGUCGAAGUGUUGCGAGGAUGGCUUUCGCAGCACCGACCGCUCAUUCUCUGUGGUCCUCCUGGCAGUGGUAAGACGAUGACGCUGACUUCAACGAUCAGCUCGCUUCCUGAGUUCGAAUUCGCAAGCCUCAAUUUUUCGUCUGGCACUUCACCGGACCUGAUUUUGAAAACGUUUUCUCAAUAUUGUGAGUACAAGCGUACCCCCGAUGGAAUGCUGCUAGCGCCCAAGUCACCAGAGAAAUGGCUUGUCGUAUUCUGUGACGAAAUCAAUCUGCCAGAAGCUGAUCGGUACGGAACACAACGUGUGAUUACGUUCUUGAGGCAAUUGAUCGAGCAAGGCGGGUUUUGGUUGGGCGGCAAGAACACAUGGGUGCGGCUGGAGCGUAUCCAGUUUGUCGGCGCUUGUAAUCCACCGACAGAUCCAGGACGUGUCCCGAUUUCACCGCGCCUACUACGCCAUGCACCUGUGCUUCUAGUUGAUUUCCCGUCUUAUCCAUCGCUUAAGCAAAUCUAUGGAACGUUUAAUCGUGCUUUGUUGAAGCUCACACCAUCGCUUCGAUCGUACGUCCAGCCGCUUACCGAUGCAAUGGUUGAUGUGUAUGACAGCAACCAGAAGAAGUUCACGGCAGAGAUGCAACCGCAUUACAUCUACAGUCCUCGCGAGCUAUCGAGAUGGAUGCGUGCUCUAUACGAAGCCAUUGAGCCAUUGGAGUAUGAAAUCGACGUCGAAACACUAGUCAAAUUAGUAUUCCAUGAGGCAUUACGACUUUUCAUGGAUCGUUUGGUGACGUCUGAAGAGCAAAAGUGGUGCUUUCAUAUGGUAAAGGAAACCCUGAGAAACUACUUCCCUCAGAGCGCCACAGCUCUAGAAGUGGUCGAAUAUGGAGGCCAACACUCUAUUUUGUUCAGUACGUGGCUCUCAAAGAGUUACACGGAAGUUACGACAGAGUUUCUGCGCAAACACAUUGAAGCCCGUUUGCGCGUCUUCUACGAAGAAGAACUUAACGUCCAGCUCGUAGUUUUUGACUCUGUGAUCGAUCAUGUGCUUCGAAUUGAUCGCGUUCUCCGCCAACCGCUUGGGCACCUGCUACUCGUUGGCGAAAGUGGUGCGGGAAAGACCGUUCUAUCUCGCUUUGUCAGUUGGAUGAAUGGUAUGUCUGUGUUCCAAAUCAAACUCACAUCGAACUAUACGUUGGACAACUUUGAUGAUGAUCUGCGCAUUGUGCUGAAGCGAUGCGGUUGCGAAGCUGAAAAGAUAUGCUUCAUCUUUGAUGAGUCAAAUGUGCUUGAUUCGGCUUUUCUGGAACGUAUGAAUGCUCUACUUGCAUCCGGUGAAGUGCCAGGUCUAUUCGAAGACGACGAAUACUCGUCGCUCAUGCAUGCUUGCCGCGAAGCUGUGCAGCGUGAUGGCGUGAUUAUCGAAAAUACCGAGGAUGAGCUGUUUCGCUACUUCACCAAACAAGUCCAGCGCAAUUUGCACGUAGUAUUUACGAUGAAUCCGGCGUCAGGCGGCUUCCAAAACCGUACUAACACGUCACCCGCUCUCUUCAACCGAUGCGUGGUUGACUGGUUCGGUACUUGGAACGACCACGCACUUGCACAGGUGGCGUUUGAGUUUACAAACACGCUGGAUCUUGCUGGAUCUACGGACUUUGUCAUUCCGGAUGAUGCCGCAGAUGUCUUGGCGAAGCUAAGUCCGCACAUCGCCACAGGCACGUUUCGAGAUGUACUGGUCGGAAGUAUCGUCCAUUUUCACCAUGCUGUCCUCCUGCACAUGCGUCGACUUCAAAAGCGCCACAUGAAGUUCAACCAUAUUUCCCCCCGUGACUACUUGGAGUUCAUUCGUCACUUCGUGUCGCUGUAUUCGGAGAAGCGCGCCCAGCUAGAAGAUCAACAGCUUCAUCUGAAUGUUGGUGUGCAAAAACUGCAGGCUACCCAUGAGCAAGUGGCCGAGCUACAAGGACAGCUCAGUCUGAAAGAGAAGGAGCUCAGGAAAAAGGACAUCGAAGCUAACGAAAAGCUUCAGCAAAUGGUGCAGGAGCAAAACGAGGCACAAGAGAAGAAGAGGGACACAGAGGCACUUGCCAUUGAUCUUGCGGGCAAGGAUGAAGAGAUCCGGCUGAGGAAAGAGGUUGUCGAGGCCGAUCUUGCUCUAGCCGAGCCUGCGCUCUUGGACGCUCAAGCGUCCGUGAACUCGAUACGUAAAGCGCAGCUCGACGAGAUUCGAGCACUCGCGCGGCCCCCUGCUGCUGUGCGUAUGACUAUGGAGGCUGUCGCAGUGAUGCUAGGCGAGUCCAGCCUGGAAUGGGCUGACCUGCGUCGUUUCAUCCGAAAAGACGACUUCAUCUCCCAGGUUGUUCACUUCGAUUCCGAAAAGCUGACAGCUCGCCAGCGGCACAUAAUCAAAGUUAAUUACGUCGACAAAGUUGACGAGUUUGACUACGAAAAGGUCAAUCGCGCAUCAAAGGCGUGUGGCCCAUUAUACAAGUGGAUUGUCUCGCAAUUGAGUUACACGAACAUCUUGCACAAGAUCCAACCGCUGCGAGAGGAGGUGCAAACCUUGGUGGACAAGUCAGUCGAUCUGCGCGCCAGAUAUGAGCAGGCUAAAGUCACUAUUGAUGCGCUCGAGAUCCGAAUCGAAAGCUUGAAGCACGAAUAUGCGGCAUUGAUUAACGAGGCGCAGCUGAUCACGAACGAUAUGGCUUCGGUAUCCAAAAAGGUAGAGCGUUCUGUCGCGCUACUGGGGAGCCUGUUGCAAGAAAGUGAACGAUGGGAAGCCGGCUCGAAUGACUUUGACACCCAGAUGAAGACGCUCGUGGGAGACACGUUACUAUCCUCUGCCUUUCUGACGUACAUUGGUUUCCUUGAUUUCCAGCAACGUAAAAUCCUGGUCCAAGAUUGGCGCGAUAUUUUGGACUCGAUGGGCAUCGGCACAAAACGACAGUUGAGUUUCGUCGAUUACCUGUCGCGUCCAAACGAGCAAUUGGAGUGGCAGAUGAGCGACUUGCCCUCAGACGAGCUGUGUUACGAAAAUGCGAUUAUUCUGCAACGCUUCCAUCGCUUUCCACUGAUUGUCGAUCCAUCUGGGCAAGCGAACAAUUUUAUCAUGAAGUACUACAGUCUCAAGACCAGUACGAAAAUUGCACAGACGUCGUUUCUGGACAGCUCGUUCAUGAAGGUGCUGGCCAGUGCGAUUCGCUUCGGUACAGCCCUCUUGGUUCAUGAGGUAGAGAACAUUGAUCCAAUCUUGAAUCCUGUCUUGAACCGAGAGCUUUACAAAACGGGCGGUCGCGUUUUGAUUCGUCUUGCAGGAGAGGAAAUUGACUACUCUCCAGAUUUUCGACUCUUUCUGAUUACAAGAGACCCAUCGUGUCGUUUUUCCCCCGAUGUUUGCAGUCGUGUGACUUUUGUCAACUUUACAGUCACAAUGAGCUCGUUGGAGAGUCAGGGGCUAAGCAUUCUGCUCAGAAGUGAACAGCCCGAGGCGGAAGAAAAGCGCAACAACCUCCUGAAACUGCAGGGUGAAUAUCAAGCCAAGCUGCGUGAGCUGGAGGAUUCUCUGCUGCAGCAAAUCAACAACGUGCAGGGCAACAUACUAGAUGAUGACCGCGUCAUCAAUGCUUUGGAAAGCAUGAAAGCAGAAGCUGCCCAGAUUACACAGCAAGUGAUAGAAACAGAAACGACGAUGGCGAUUGUAGAGGCCGCGACGAAUCGCUACCGUCCACUCGCGAGAGCAAGCUCGCGGCUGUUUUUUGCGCUGGAGAACCUGUCGUCGGUUCACUUUCUAUACCAGUACUCGCUCGACUUCUUCCUGUCGUUGUUGUCCAAAGUGUUAUCUCAGCCGAGCGAAGGAGGAGAAACGGCGCGUCUUGCCAGUGUUUCUACUGAGCUCUUCGUGGAGCUUGCUCGGCGCGUGAGCAGGGGUCUUGCUGAAAGUGACAAACUGAUGUUUGCGCUCCGUCUAUCUCAAAUUUAUCUGGAGCUCGAGCAGCAAAGUACCGCAGAUGCGAAUGCGGCUAUGAAUGAUGGUCUUGCGUUCGAUGGGCCUACCGAUGAGGACGUGAACUUGCUACUUGGAAGCGCGUCAGCUUUCUCGAACUACGAUACCGGUGCUACUCAGCGCACAGAGCUUGAGCAGUUGCUGCCAGCUUUCUCGACGACUGAGAUGAAUCAAUUGCUACGGUUGAUGAGAUUGCCAACAUUCAAGCAUUUAGAGACGCAUGUGCGUGGUCACGCUGCUGAAUGGAACGCGUUCGUCAAAGCCCCGUUGGCUGAAGAUGUCGUUCCAGCUGAGUGGGAUACCGAAUACGCCAUUGCUUCGGCGAGUCCUCGUCUCGCUGCGUUUCGAAACAUGAUCAUCAUUCACUUCCUACGACCUGAUCGAAUCAUGUUUGCAUCUGAGCAAUACAUCAAACUGGUGUUCACGGCUUCAUUCCCAUGGCGUGGUGAUAUCGAGCUGUCCAAAAAUGUCGAAGACGACACUCAGGCAGCACGCGGUGUGCUUUUGUGUUCAACGACGGGAUUCGACCCAAGUGCUCAGAUCGAUGAGCUCGCGGCUGCCCAGCGAAAGAAAUACAGCUCAGUGUCCAUGGGUUCACCUGAGGGUUUCGACGCAGCCGAAAAAGGUCUGAACACCGCAUUGAAGCAUGGCUCUUGGCUACUGCUUCGCAAUGUCCAUUUGUGCCCAUCAUGGCUUGUAAGUGUGGAAAAGAAGCUCUACAAUGCGCGUGAUAGCGUGCACCCGAACUUUCGCCUCUUCCUGACGAGCGAGAUCAACCCCAACUUGCCGGUGAAUCUAGUGCGCAUGUGCGAUGUCUUUGUGUUUGAGCCGCCCAGCGGUAUGAAAAUGAGUAUGGUCCGAACGCUUGACACGGUGACGGCUGAGCGUAUGAACUGCUCGCCAGCUGAACGUGCUCGGUUGUACUUGCUGCUUGCUUGGUUUCAUGCGCUGGUGCACGAGCGAUUGCGCUUUGUCCCUAUCGGCUGGUCCAAAACAUACGAGUUCAGUCAAUCCGACUUCCGCGGCGCUUGCGAUGUAAUUGACCGCUGGGUGGACUCAGUGGCCUGUGGUCGCGCCCACGUCGCCCCUGACAGCAUCCCGUGGACAGCGAUUCGAACCACACUGAAGGAAUCAGUUUAUGGUGGUCGCGUCGACAACACGUUUGAUCGAGAACUCAUGGACACGCUUUUGGAGCAUGUGUUUACGGCGGCCAGUUACGAGAACACGUUCGAGCUCGUUGCUUCUGACAACGGCAAGAAUAAUGGACUAGUGAUUGCAGAGGGAAAGACAAAGGCACAGUUCAUGGACUGGAUUCUCUCUCUUCCCUCCACGAACCCACCGUCAUGGAUGGGUCUUCCCCGCUCAGCCGAAACAAUGGUGCUUAUCAGUCAUGGUGUGCGCAUGCUGCGCAAUUUGCAGAUAAUGCAAGACUUUUAUGGGAGCGAGAGUGGCGACGACAACGCUGGCGCUGAGGACGAGAGCAAGAUGGUAAUCGGCACUGCUGCUGUCGAUGGCGAAGACGUGCGCCCCAAGUGGAUACAAGAUUUGGACCGCCGUGUCGGCGUGUGGCUACAGUUAUUUCCGUCCGAAGAAGAGCUGCCUGUUCCUGCUGUGCGCGAUGCGGUGCACUUUGGCAACCCAGUCUAUCGCUGCAUGUUCCGUGAGCUGGAACUCGGAGCAGCAUUCCUUGGUAACGUGGGUGGUUUGCUACGUACGGUGCAGCAAGUAUGUGCUUACAAGGCCAAACCUUCGAAUGAAGUUCGAGAAGCCAUGGGCACGCUGUAUCGCGAGCAGGUGCCUGAGCGAUGGAAACAGCUGUAUCACGUGUCCGAUGGGCUAAGCUUGAGUGAGUGGCUAACGGACUUCUCUAGACGCAUACACCAGCUGAAGGAAUUGGCACAAGUCGCUCCAACGGACAUUCUGCAAAAAGCUGGCGGCAUUUGGCUUGGCGGAUUCUUUUCGCCGGAAGCUUUUGUGACAGCCGCCCGUCAAAGUGCUGCGGCAGAUCUUGGAUGCUCACUCGAUGAGCUUCAUUUGCUUGCCGAUGUCGAUGGCUCGUCGGCCUCAUCAAGUAGUAGCUUCACGGCUCGCGGAUUACUACUCGAAGGUGCCAGUUGGGACUCCACCGGCUUCUCGCCGUCGAACGAAAUUCGGAACAGCCUGGCAGCUUUGCAUCUUCGUUGGGCACGUCAAAGUGUAGAAACCGACAACUUUCGCCUGCUUCCGGUGUACUCGAACAGCAAGCGCGAAACUCUGUUCUUCUCCGUGGCGGUGAAUGCAGAUGAUUCCGCGUUCCCAAAAAAAGAGUGGGUACAGCGCUCGGUGGCACUUGUGCUCUGGGAGUUGCAGUCCUGA